AACAUCUCCUCACUGACCUUCGCAUCACAUCAAUAUGAGAUACUCAAAGUCAAAAAUACUCUUUUCGAUCCUCUCGAUUUUGUUGACAGAACGUGCAUAUGGCGAAAGUAAUCCAUCAAAACAAAAUAUCAUAAGUUCGGGUAUAAUUGUUAACAGUGAUGAUGUCUCUCAUACCUCCGAGAACAGUACAGUGGAGAACAGAAAUGAAGAAGUGGCGACAGAAGCACAUUUGGCAACGUCAACAGGCCUCGAUGACAACGAAGUUUAUAUGGGAGUUAAUUUCGAAUACAUAACUAAUGUGAGUAAGACGAAGCUUCCUAAAAAAUUCAUAAGAGUGAUAGCCGAUGAUCCAAACUACGAGAAAGGAUAUUUUGGGGGAUACUAUUUCAUCGGGAAUGGACAAACAGACCACUUUUACGCUCAUGGUAAAUACCAGAAACCUUCAACCAACUACUAUGGAAACUACAAUCACAAACUAGAAGAUAAGAGUGCCUUGGGUUACUAUUUAGGCUUCGCCACCCACAAAAUGGAUCACAACGAGUACUUCAGGCACCACAACUAUACUCGUUACAAGGUGCACCAUUACUUCUUCAAGAACAGCACCAUGUUACCAGAGCAAUAUGUUGGAGCUGAUCAUCUUCUCCAUUGUGCCCAGAAUACUUCAAUUUUCUGUCCUGAGAACACUGAAGCUAUAUGUCUUCAAAACACAACAGUAUGGUGUGCUUCAAGAAAACCUUUUGUUAAGCCAUGUGAAGUUGGAGAUGCUGCAGAAUGUGUUACCACAAGAUUGCCUUGUGUUAAAUCGGAUGAUGCGAAUUGUAGACAAAUGGUGGAAGUUGUGACGAUGCCAUGUAUUGCGAUAAUAAAAAUUUUGGACCCGUACGAGGAUAAGAAUGGGUUAACAUUGAUAAGUAUAGCUGGAACUUUUGUUUUGUCUCCUGUUCCUAUAAUGUCAGAAAGAACAUAUUGUGUGACUAUUGUAGCAGAGCCAAGUAGGGAUUGAAAAUUUAGAAUAUUUAAAUGAAUAAUGAAAUCAAUGAAUACAUUUUUCAUAACUACCUGUAACUGUUAUUUAAUUUUUGUUAACUUGAAACUCUUGUUUUUAUUCAACAUCCGUUCAUUUGCUAGAAUUAAAUCAAAUGAAGCUUUAUUUUCAGAUUUGGAAACAAACACAUUAUAUGAUGUACCAUUAAAAAUUACUGCCUA